GAGAUCAGUCGGCCUCUUUCGGAGAGCUGGCGCGCUUCCACACGAUGCAGGGAAGCCAUUCUUCAACGGCUACAGUUACAAAGCAGAAAGAGCGGAGCGCCGCGUCGUUGUCGCCUGGGGCCGCAACUUUUCAGUGGGCGACCUGGACGGUUUUCGUAUUGCAAGUGUGGGUGUUGGAUUUCGGACGACCCGUUAUCACUUUCUUGCUCCCAACCAGCGCGUCUCCUUUUUCCUGGCUCAGCUUCAGUAAGUCGAGCCACAAUACCACUGAAAUAUCACUUGUCAUGGCAGUGAUUCCGAUGUCAAAUGCAAGCCUACACUCACAAACUCACACACAGGUCAACUGUAAAUGUGAAUAAAAAACCUCCCAUAGCUAACACAAGCAAUGUUCUUUUCACACGCGCAAGGUGACUGUGCUCAUGUGGCCUACAACUACCUGACUGCACUGUGCCUAUCUCGGCUCCAAGACCAUUCCUCCAGACAAGCUCCGAGACUGCUCCAUCGUCUGUUGUUGGUGACCUUUGUCGUAGGAGCCACCAUCCACCUGGUGGCUGAUGCAGUCCAGCAGAGGCUGGUGAGGGCAGGUGCAAAGCUGCACCUCCCUAUUCAUGAACAACCAUUACUCCAGAGUGCGGAUCCAGUAGUGGUGGAGUGCUUUCGGUUCUUGGACUACCUGGACGAAGAGAUAGGUCACCAGAUCUGGUACACUGCACUGUACCUCCUGUUCCUCCUCUGUUUCUGGAGCUCCUUCUACCGCCCCACCAACAACAACAACAACAAUGCUAAACCCUCGCCAAAUGGAAGCAUUCCCUAUCUCUGGCUACUGUUUGCAAGUGUUCUCCAUGAGUGGUAUGCAAUCACAGAGGCUCAGGUUCUGCCUCACUUUAUCGCGACUAGUCUCGCAAUGAUGGGCAUCUUUGCCUGGUACCGCAUGGUACGGAUGGAGUCUGGACCCCAACGGAACGUUUCUCCUGCUUCGAGUCCUGCUGACUCCACUGCUGGUGGCUGUGUGGAUGGCCGCACUGUGGGGAGACACGGCUCUCAGACACAAGUACAGAGAGAACUGGAUAUAUGUCCCUGAGCCCUGGUCUUUUGCUUCUCUCUACCUCACCAACUUCACUCACUGACGAUGGAGCCCUGGUCUU